CCGGCGAGACUGCAUCACCAAACCCGUGAUAUUCCCAGGGUCCAGUGACAACAGUCAAACUACCUCAGGUUCUCUGGACAAUAGCAAGGAUGGCGAGUAAAGUGCCUUCGAUCUGCUGUAUAGGUUACAUUGGCAAACACAAUAAUCCGUUGCACAUUUCGCUCUUCCCAGCAGAAGAGAGAGCGCCUCUGGAAUUCCAGUUUCUGCUCUCGUCAUGUCUGGACAUCUUCGAAGCUCGCCUUCCUUACAAGAUAGCAGACCAAGACUUUGGGCUUCUCCAAGCGGUUGAUGAAAGACUGGCUAUGUACGGAUGGCUGACCAAUACUGGUGUCAAGAUUGUCAUUGUGGUCGACAUGGAGGGGAGGCCAGCUACCGCCUUGGAUAGCAAAGCGGCAACAGCAGUGGGACUACGAGACGCAGACCUGAAGCCUGCGUUCAGGGCAUUGCAAACAGCAUACAUCAAGCUGUUGCGGAAUCCGUUUUACAACCCUGAUGAGCAUUCACCAGUCACAGCGAAUGCCGAACAAAAGAUAGGCUCGACACAAAUUACAAGUCGCAGUUUCAUCCAAGAAGUAAAGCGAAUUGCAGAAGCAUGGGUGCCCGGCGUUACCAACCUCUAAGCGCUCGUUGCCCGCCAUCACAAUACCAGGAUACCAAAGCAUAACACGGCGUUUGGCGUACACGAAGUCAAGUCCCAUAGAGACAUCAGCAAUUGAACUUUGUACUUCCC